UCAUUCUCACUACACCUGUGCUGCCGCCUCCUGGACGGACGCGACUCCUUUUCAGCGACUGUACUAUAAGUGAACGGACAGCUUAGGAGCCCCACUCAAAGCGAGAGAACCACGCACAAGGAGCGGGAUGGCGAGGACAUUAGAGCUGCACCUUCGCGUCCUUCUCGUGGCUCUCUUCCUAACAGGGUCCCUGACACUCCGGGCGAGCACAGGAGCGACAUCGCCUGAGGAGGAGAGGGACAAAGAGAGCGACGCGGAGACGCCGUGUGAGGUGAAAACCGUCACCGUCUCUACCCUGCCCGUACUCCGGGAGAACGAGUUCAGCUUCACCGGCGGAGCCCCGGGGAGCGUGGUCGGAGGUGGGAGCACUGCUGGAGAAGGUGGUGUUGGUGGAGGAGGAACUGGAGGAGGAGGAGGAGGAGGAACAGGAGGAGGGGGGGAAUCCCGACUCCUGUUAUUUGUCAGAACAGACCUACCUGGGCGAAUUUCUGUAAUGGAUGAUCUGGACAACACGGCUCUUCCCUACUUCACACUCGAGAUGUCGGGCACAGGAGAAGAUAUUUCUCAGGUACACUGGAAGCAGCAGUGGUUGGAAAAUGGGACGCUGUACUUUCAUGUGUCAAUGACUGAGUCUGAGCUUCUUGCACAGACAACACAAGCCACAGCCCGGGAACCUUCUCAUGUGCUACAUGAACACAUGCAUCUGCUGCACAUCUCAGUUAUGGGAGGCCUCAUUGCCCUCCUCCUCCUAAUUCUUCUAUUCACCCUUGUCCUGUAUACCCGCCAUCGAUGGUGUAAGCGUCGCCGGAUCCCCCAAAAGAGUGCCAGUACGGAGGCCACCCACGAGAUCCACUACAUCCCAUCAGUUUUGCUCGGUCCACAAGGUCGAGACAGUUACAGAGGCUCCCGAGGUACUCACCAGCAUGGCAGCUCAGUCAUAGGGAUGCCCAUUCGUGAGACCCCAAUCCUUGAUGAUUAUGACUGUGAUGAGGAUGAUGGAGGUGGACACUCACUCAACUCCACUCCCAAUCAGCUCAACAACAAGCUCUGUGAUGGCAAGGUCCUGGACGAUUACGGUGUUGAUGUUGGCAUUGGAAGACAUACAGACAUGAUGUGCAAGGAAGACAAUAUAAAGCAUAAUUUUGAAAAACAAGCUAUUGACCCAAACACCGACUCAGUAGAAGAUUUGAUGCAAAGGUUCCAGGACAGCUUCCGUGUCCCCAACACGCCAACAGAUAUGUCCCACUACCAGCAUGCAGUGCACAGCUCAUCAACAGGCCGCCGGAGAGUCCCCAGCCACACCAGAGUCACAGGAGGUGUGUUUGGUCCACAAGGGGAAUCAGGCUCAGAGCCCGAGGAUGACAAUCAAAUGAAGUUUUACACAGAGCAGCACAGAGGACGGAGGCGCAGCAAAGGCCACCCACACAGUCCUCUAAAUAAGGUCACCCUGACGCUGAUUACCAUCAGCACAUGUGUCAUUGCCAUUGUCUAUGCAACACAGGACUCCUGCCCCCUCAGCGUCAAGGUUACCCUUCAUGUUCCUGAGCAUUUUGUUGCAGAUGGAAGUAGUUUUGUGGUGAGCAUGGGCAGUUUCUUGGAUGUUUCUAAUUGGCUAAAUCCAGCCAAGCUCACACUGUACUAUCAGACCAAUUCAUCAACGCAGUGGGUCAGAGACUACUGUGGCCAGAGGACCACUGAGCCAUGCGAGCAGAUUUGUGACCAGGACACAGGAGAAUGCAGCUGUCAUGAGGGUUAUUCCCCUGAUCCUGUCCAUAAACACCUCUGUGUUCGUAGUGACUGGGGUCGCAACGAAGGUCCUUGGCCAUAUGCAAACCUGGAGAAAGGUUAUGACCUAGUUACAGGAGAGCAGGCCCCAGAGAGGAUUUUCAGAUCAUUCUACAGUCUGGGCCAAGGGUUGUGGCUGCCAGUCAGCAAAAGCUUUGUAGUGCCGCCGGUGGAAUUGUCAAUCAACCCCAUUGCCAGCUGUAAGACAGAUGUGUUGGUUACCGAAGAUCCAGGAGAGGUCAGGGAAGAGGCCAUGAUGUCCACAUAUUUCGAGACAGUGGAGGACCUACUGGCAUCUUUUGGGCCAGUCCGUGAUUGUUCCAAAGAUAAUGGCGGCUGCAAGAAGAAUUUCAAGUGUGUAUCUGAUCGACAGUUGGACUCAUCUGGCUGCAUGUGUCCUGAGGGGCUGAGGCCAAUGAAGGAUGGCUCAGGUUGCUAUGACUACUCCAGAGGCAUUGACUGCACGGAUGGCUUCAAUGGAGGCUGUGAACAGCUAUGUCUCCAGCAGCUUGUACCCCUCGAAGAUGACCCUAGUUCCAACAACGUACUCAUGUUUUGCGGGUGCGUACAGGAGUACAAACUGGCAGAGGACGGGCGCUCUUGCCUCCUACAGUCUGAGAACUGUGAGGGAACAAAAUGCCCAAGGCAGGACGUCCACUUCAAUGACACUCUGUUUGGGGAGAUGUUGCAUGGAUACAACAACAAAACGCAGCAAGUCAACUUGGGACAGAUAUUCCAAAUGACUUUCCGUGACAACAACUUCAUUAAGGACUUUCCCCAGCUUGCCGAUGGUCUCAUGGUCAUCCCUUUACCAGUAGAGGAACAGUGUAGAGGCAUCUUGUCAGAGCCGUUACCCAACCUGCAACUUCUUACAGGGGAUGCCCAGUUCAGUGAAGCAGUGGGUUACCCCAUGGUUCAGCAGUGGAGGGUGCGCAGCAAUCUGUACAAAGUCAAACUCAGCUCCAUUACCUUAUCUACAGGAUUUUCUAAGGUGAUGAAGACACUUUCAUCAGAGAGUACACGCGAAGAACUUCUGGCUUUUCUCCAGCAAUAUGGCAGUCAUUAUGUGUCUGAGGCCCUGUAUGGUUCUGAGCUCAGCUGCACCAUCUAUUUCCCCAGUAAGAAGGCACAGCAGCAGCUCUGGCUGCAGUACCAGAAAGAGGCAACGGACCAGGGAGUUGGCCUUGGAGGGCGCCGUGAGCUUAAAUCAGUUCCCUUCAUCAACUACCUGUCGGCUCUGCAGAAGAGCCAGUUGUUGUCUGAUGACUUGGUGAAUGGCGUAGAGAUCCGCUGCGAGGAAAAGGGCAGCUGUCCAUCUGGCUGCCACCUGUGCCAUCACCAGGCCAUGAUGGGAGGCGUGUCAGGGAGAGGCCGCAAUGCUAACAGCAGGAGUGGAGAGCAGCCUUCACCCAUCCCUGUCCUGCUGGAAGUCAGCCGUGUCGUGCCCCUUUACAGCCUGGUCCAAGACAACGUCACCAAAGAGGCCUUCAAGAGCGCCACAAUGAGCUCAUACUGGUGUGCUGGAAAGGGCGAUGUCAUUGAUAACUGGUGUCGCUGUGACCUGAGUGCCUUCAGCAAAGAUGGCCUACCUAACUGCAGUCCCCUUAGGCAGCCAAUUUUGCGCCUCGCCCCUUACCUGGAGCCCUCAAGCACAAUGGUGGCCCUGGAGUGGACAGAUGUGGAGCCUCUGAUUGGCUGUAAAGUUUCCGACUACAUUAUCCAGCAUAAACGAGUAGAAGAUCCUUCAGAGGCAGAAGUCUACACAGGUGAGGUUCUGAGCUUGAUGGAUGAUCUAUUCUCUGGUUUGGGCUCAUCCUGUGUUGUUGCUGGGAAAAGGAGUGGAGACCAUCCCCAUACUGCAGUGUAUUCUGUUGUUUUCAAGUGCCUGGAACCCGACAGCCUCUACAAGUUUACUCUCUAUGCAGUGGAUAGCAGAGGCAGUCACUCCGAGUCAAGCUUUGUUUCUGUGCGUACAUCUUGUCCAGUGGUGGAUGACAGUAAAGCUGAAGAAAUAGCAGACAGGGUGUACAACUUGUAUAAUGGCUACACCAGUGGAAAGGAACAGCAGAUGGCCUACAACAUGAUGAUGGAGAUUCCCCCUCCUCUGCUAUACAGAGUCCAGCACCACUACAACUCACACUAUGAGAAGUUUGGGGACUUUGUCUGGCGUAGUGAAGAUGAACUGGGCCCCAGAAAAGCCAACUUGAUAAUUCGCAGGGUGGAGAAGAUCAGCCUCUACUGCCGCUCCCUUCUGCGCAGCACCCACAUCCAGAGCCGCACCGACACCAUGGCGUAUGUCUACUGCCGGAGCGAAGAGAGUCGAGCUCCCAGCAACACGUGGCACGGCUCUAUACAUGACAGUCGCACCAUGUGCAUGGAAAAGCUCAUUUCUGUACAGCGCAACACAUACAGCAACACCAAACUCCGAUGAGACUGGAGUUCAGAGACGAGAAGUUCCUCUGUUUUUCUUUUAUGUCCUGCAAAAUUGCAUCACUUGAUGGUGAUGAAACUCUUCGGUACACUGCAGCUCAUGUGACUGGUGCCAGAAGAGGCUAAAAAAGAAGAAAGAAGAAAAUAAAUACAAAUCUACUGGAGAUUCUAUUAAAGCUACCCAAAGCUUACUUUUGUGUAGCUUUCUUUUAUUAUAAGAAAUGGAAAAAAAAAAAAAAAUCACUGGAGUGGACUUAUUUCUCAACUGCAAAUUGCCAGUGAUUGCACAUAUCAGUGAGAAACUGCAGUGUGAACAUGUAAAAUAUCAUUCAGCCAAAAGAAAAUUGGUUGGCUUAAAUACUUUGAAUGUAAUAAUAUAGUUCCUUUUUGGUGCUUUGAUGCUUACCUGGAACACUGAAAAACAUGGGGAGAAAAGGAAAUAUUACUAGUAACUUGUUUGCCUUUGCUACCUUUGUUUGAAAGGAGGAACUGAGACCUUUGAAAGCCAUUUACUUCUUUUUUUAAGUUCACAUUAAUGUUAAAAAAAAAGCUUUGCAUUCAGAAUUAAUAUCAGUAAUUGAAACAUUAUGUAGUUUAGUCUUAUACAACUUUUGAUAGGUUCAGUUGAAGUAGCAAGCUUUUUGUAUGGCAACAGAUUGAUAAAUCGUGCCGACAAUUAUGCAAAGACAAAAUAUAGGUGGCAUUCAAACAUAUAUUCUUACAGUUUUAGUUAAGCUUUAAUUUCAGUACUGAAAUGAAUCAUUUUAUCUGCAUUUUAGUUCUGCUGCACUGAAACAUGCCAAAUAAAAUGAUGAGUUCUGACAUGAAUAAUAGUAUUGAUAGUGGGUAAAAAUAAGUAAGUAAAUAAACCAGAUGUUGUAGCUAGAUAUGUUUCUAAUCCAAUGAUGGCACAAUUUGACAGUGAAAUGUGAUUUGUGUCACUGUGGCACAAGUCACUAGAGAAUGAAAAUAGAUCUGCAAGUUGGUGAGGGGAGCAAUGUAAGACACAAGACUAAACUGACACUGACUAAUUUGGCUGGCUUUGAAAAGUCCAUCCCUCUCAAAAGGAUUGAAUAUUUGCUCAUAUGUGUGCUUGUAGAAAACAAGGAGAAUAUUAGGAUAACAGUUUUGACACAAACCAGACAUAUAUGAGAAGUACUGUACGCUGAGGUGUGAGGAGUCAGUGAUUGUAGGUAUGCCAAUGGAUCCUUUUUAAUCCUCCAAUUUCUGAGUCUAACAUAUCUUCAAAGCCAUGGAUCUUGUUUUAAUAAAGACAAACAAUGCCUUUUUUUCAAUAUGGUUAUCUCAUAUUAUGAAUUGUGAUAAAUUAUUAUAUUGUAAAUUUCAAUUGUAAAAGAAUAAGAUAUCUGUACUAUUAUGUGGCUUUGUCUUUUUUCUGAAGAAUGUCAAAUAUUAAAUAUGUAUAGAAAAAAGAGACUUCUCUUCUUUUACUACAAUGAACUGAUGUACUUCUGGUGCAACCAACUUCACCAUCACCAGAAGCAAAAUCAUUUAAAUAUAAAUUAAUAAACAAUGCAUUC